AUGGGUCAGAGGUUGUCAUUAUUGGCACCUUCAGCUCCAACUGUUGCCGUAUCAUCAUAUAUUGACGCAUUGAACAAUUAUCAAUAUGUUGAAGUCCUAAACAAUUCCCGUUUUUUGAAAACCAUAAAGGCAGUUGAUAAGACAACAGGAGAACUUGUGAUUAUAAAGCUAUUAAUCAAACCAGCUUCAACAAAUUAUACCAUACAACUACAACAAGUCAUUGAGUUAUUAGUCAAACAAUCCUCACUUGUAUAUCCUUUCAAGAAUACAUUACCAUGGCAUAAAAUACUUGAAACUGAUCGAGCUGGGUAUUUGAUACGACAAAUGAUUAAAACUAAUCUAUACGAUAGAUUAUCGAUUCGUCCAUUUCUCGAACCAAUUGAAAAGUUGUUCAUAACCUUUCAGAUAUUAAAGAUUGUGAAUGAGAUUCAUUUAUUGAAUAUACAACACGGAGAUAUAAGACUUGAGAAUUUCUUAGUUACCUCGUGGAAUUGGAUAUUAUUGACUGAUUUUGCCAGUCUUACGAAACCAACAUAUAUCCCCGAAGACAACCCUAAUCAAUACAGUUUCUAUUUUGAUAGUUCGGGAAGAAGGUUAUGUUAUAUUGCCCCUGAAAGAUUCUACAACUCCCAGGAUCACCCGAAACAUGUUCUGAGUUUCAAUGAUGAUGGUCUGGUUAGUCUGAAGAAUAGUGUUACAGACUCAAUGGACCUAUUCAGUAUGGGGUGUGUUAUUGCAGAAUUGUAUAAUGAUGGAGAACCAACAUUUACUUUAUCCCAGUUGUUCAAAUUCAUGAAGAAUGAUUAUAAGCCAGAUCUUUCAGGUAUACAAAAUAGCCAUAUAAUUGAAAUCAUCGGGAAGUUGAUCAAACUAGAUCCAAAUGAAAGAUCAAGCGCCAGAGAAUUAUUGGACGAAUAUAGAGAUAUAUGUUUCCCUGAAUUUUUUUAUACAUUUUUAUAUGAUUUUAUGGAGUCGCUUAACAAUCAAGAGAACUUUAUGCCAGUUACCGUGGAUGACAAUCUUUCCAUCAGUGAUUUGAAAAUCAAUUAUAUUUUUGAUAACUUUGAUGUUAUUAGCAAGCAACUUAAUUUUGAUUAUCCUAAUGAGAGUCUAAUAUCAGAUGAUAUUUUGCCUAUGAAGUUGAAUCUUCCAACUAUGCCACAAGAUUACCGAAUUAAACCACGCAAAUUGGAUGGUCAUGAAAAUCAAGAAACCGCGUUGAUAAUUUUGAACGCAGUAACUUCAUUGUGUCAAACACUAAAACAGGUGAAUUCAAAGAUUAAAUGUUGUGAAUUGAUUUUAGCAUUGUCGGAACACAUAAGUGAUGAAAACAAGCUAGAUAGAUCACUCCCGUAUUUGUGUUUGUUCUUGGAUGAAUACAUUGAAGCUUCAGUUUACCAAGAAGGAAUGAAUAUAUCACCCAAAGUAGUGGUAGUUGCACUUUAUGCUUUAACAACACUAGUAAUGUCAUGCUCUUAUAUCAGUCCAAUCAACGUGUUGUUGUUUCCUGAAUACAUUCUACCAAAAGUUUACAGUUUACUUACUUUAAAAGGGAGUCAGCAAUCUCAAAGGUUGAUUAAUAGCGCAGUUGCUGUAUGUUUACCAAAUUUGGCUACAAUUGCAAAAAAGUUUUGGAUCAUGUCUAAAGCAUUCAAAAAUGAAAAUACAGUUGCCAACACUUUAGUAUCACCAGAAGAUGUGAUGCAAUCAUACGCAUCAUUGAAAUUAACCAAAGAGCAAUUGGAUUCAAAGUUCAAGGAUAUUACGGUGUUGUUGUUGACUGAUUCAGAGUCUUCAGUGAAGAUCAGUUUGUUAAAUAAUAUCCUACCGCUAUGUCAAUUUUUUGGACAAGACAAAACAAAUGAUAUUAUCCUUCCUCAUUUGAUAUCCUACCUAAAUGAUUCAGAUCAAGAAUUAAGGUUGGCAUUUCUUUCAUCAGUGUUGGAGAUGGGUCCUUUCAUCGGAGUAUUGUCAUUUGAGCAAUAUAUUUUACCAUUGUUGGUUCAAUCAAUUGGAGACGGAGAACAAUUUGUUGUCUUGCAAGUCUUGGAGAUUUUUAAUGUAUUUGUAAAGAACCGCCUAAUUAACCCAAGAAAAGAGUUCAAUGCGUUGGAGAUCUAUAAGGAAUUGCUUUUGAAUUCAAUUAAUUUAUUGUUACAUCCUAAUCAAUGGAUUAGAAAUUCUAUAAUCAACUUGAUAAUUUCCAUAAGCAAUAAUUUGAUUGAUGCGGAUAGGUAUUGUUUCUUAUAUCCUAUGAUUAAGAGUUUCUUAACUUAUGAUUUGUCUAUUAUUGAAUGGAAUACAUUAUACCCAUGUUUGACAAAACCAUUGUCCAAGACGGUUUAUGAUUUAACUAUCACGUGGUCUUUAAAUGCAACUUCAAAAUCAUUGUUUUGGCAGAAUAAGGCGCUGUCAAUGAAUUCCAGCAACGGAAUAUUGGAGAACAAGAAAAAACUUAUAUCUUUCAGUAAAAAUAUGGGAAAGUCUGUUUACUUGCCAAGAUCAGAAAUGGCAUUUUCCCCGGAUACAAAUAAGAGAAGUUCUGUUCCAUUAUCGUCCGAGGAUAAGCAAUGGUUACUCAAGCUUAAAUCGCUUGGAUUGGAUGAUAAAUCAAUAUGGAAAGUUUUUGUUUUAAAGGACUAUAUUUAUCAUAUUAGCAGAUUCAAUGUUGCUAAUUACCAAUUGAAGGCAUUUGACCAUAUUGCUAUCUUACCGAGAAACAUAUUUUUUGAUAUUGUAUACAAGUCCGAGUUAAUGGCUAUGCCAAAUGGUGUCAAGGAAGAAACAUAUGAGCCUAAUAUUGAAGAUACAGUUUCUGUACGUAAUAGUUCCAGGCGUGGUUCAAAUUCAUUGAUCUUGCCACAGUUGGAAAGAGUAACUGCUUCUGUUCAAAUGGUGGAAACUAAUGUUAUGGGUGAAAUGGAAGCACAUAUUGCUGGGUCAAAGAAGACAAUCUGGGUUAAUGAUUCAAAUACUUCCCAUAGAGUGUUCAGUGUGCAUAAUUCCAAAAUCAUUACCUCCCAUAUCAAACAUACAUAUAAUGGACAUAAUCCAUUUAUACUAAACUUUUUGAAGAGUCCUACAAUUCAGCCAACAUUAUCCGAUUUUGAAGAGUUUGGCAAGUUGAUUAUUCACAAGAAUCAGUCUUCUUCAGCACAACAAUCACAACAGAAUGCAGCUGGCUCUGUGUUUGUACCAAAAAAUGUUAUGGUUACUAGUUUUAAGUAUUCUAACAAGACCAACUGUAUUGAUGAUAUUAGCACCUUAGUUGUUUGCCCAACAUCGGAAUUCUUUGUUACCGGCUCAUCAAAUGGAAGUUUAAAGGUUUGGGACAGUUUGAAAAUGGAGAAGAUCGUGACUGUUAAGAAUGCUAAUUUAUCAAUUGAGUUAGAAUCUAGUGUUUGUUCCAUAACUUUUUUACCAAAUAGGUUUAUUAUUGUCGUCACAACCAAUGAUGGUAUAAUUAGAUUGUUUAGAAUUGAUGUGAUUCGAAACAACAAGACUAAGAAGAUAACCAGAUACUCAAGAUUACAACUAAUCAGACAAUUCCAGAACGACUCAGUAAUUACAGAGGUGAAGUUUUUACAAGAUAAUUAUAUAAUUGGAACAGACUCCGAACAGGGACUUGUUGUAUUUGAUAUUAUUACAAUGGAGAAACUUUAUGGAUUGCAAAAUCCUUUGAUUUAUGGAAUUAUUAAUAGUUUUGUUGUUUACAAAGAUUCAUGGGUAUUGGUUGGAUCUGAUAAAGGGUACUUGACUUUAUGGGACUUGCGCUUUAAAAUUAUUGUCAAAUCAUGGAGAGUACAAAACGAUGUCACUAACGAGUAUGUUAACUCAAUUUCUGCAUUGGAAAUAUUACCUCGUUCUAUCAAAUUAUUUACUACGCAUGAUGGUUGUAUUUAUUUUACCAUGGUAUGCAACUCAGAUAUAAGUGUGUGGGAGUUACCAAGUAUGGAAUGUAAAGCUAUAUUAAGAAGUAGAAUAGGUGAAAAUCUCAAGUAUUCGUUAAUUGAAUGUAAACAUGAUGAUGACUAUGACCUUGGACAAAUGAUUGACGACAUUAAAAUAGAUAUCGAUAGUAAGAUUGAGUUGAGUGUAUCAUGUUUGAAAUAUUUCAAAUAUGACAACAAUACUGAUUAUUUAAUGUGUUCCAUGUCGGAUAAUAAAGUGAUAUUGUACAAUUUGACAUCAAUACAAGAUUCAGUUGUUUUGGGAAAUGACAAACGCAAGUUUUUGAAAAGAUUUUAUAGUAACUUGGUGAUUAUUAAUGAAUCAAAUGAUGAUGUUACUACCUCACAAGAACAAACUUAUAACACUAUUAAAUAUGUUGAUGUUCUAUAUGAGCCAUCACAAAUGAUUAUUACCGUCGAUAAGAAUAACUGUAUAAGUAUAUAUAAAUAA